ACAGAAAUGGACCGGCAGCAUAGCUUCUAUCGUCAUGUGGAUGUCCAGGACCACGUUCACUACAUUGUUGCCUUUUUUGUCUUGGUGAUCGGAACAGUGGGCAUAACUGGAAAUGCCUUGGUCAUGUAUGCAUUUUUUUGUAACAAGAAGCUACGCACUCCUCCAAACUUCUUUAUCAUGAACCUGGCAGUCAGCGACUUUCUUAUGGCCAUCACACAGUCGCCCAUUUUCUUUGUCAACUCCCUCUACAAAGGCUGGAUUUUUGGUGAAACAGGUUGUAAAAUCUAUGCCUUCUGCGGUGCCUUAUUCGGAAUCACAUCAAUGAUCAACCUUCUGGCCAUCUCUAUUGAUCGCUACAUCGUCAUCACUAAGCCACUACAGGCCUUACAGUGGACCUCCAAGCGACGCACUUGCUUCAUUAUUUGUCUGGUUUGGCUGUACUCUCUAUUCUGGAGCCUCGCACCGCUUCUGGGGUGGAGUUCUUACAUACCAGAGGGACUGAUGACCUCAUGCACAUGGGACUACGUGACAUCGACCCCGGCCAAUAAAAGCUAUACCUUGAUGUUAUGUUGCUUUGUCUUCUUCAUCCCACUGGGCAUCAUAUCCUACUGCUAUCUGUGCAUGUUCCUGACUACUCGCCAUACCAGCAGGGAAGUGGAGAAGUUGGGCUCUCAGGUGAGGAAGACGAUGCUGAUUCAGCAGCAGACCAUCAAGACUGAGUGGAAAUUAGCCAAGAUCGCCUUUGUAGUGAUCAUCGUCUUUGUGCUCUCCUGGUCACCCUAUGCUUGUGUCACUCUCAUCGCCUGGGCAGGAUAUGCAAGCAUCCUUAACCCCUACUCCAAAGCUGUUCCUGCAGUUAUUGCCAAAGCUUCGGCCAUCUACAACCCUUUCAUCUAUGCUAUCAUUCACUCUAAAUACAGGGACACUCUAGCUGAAAACGUACCCUGUCUACACUUCCUAGCCAAGGUUCCCCGGAGGGAGGCCAUGUCAGUGUCGCAUUGCCAGUCAUCCUUCAGGGAUUCACUGAUGAGCAGACAGUCAUUUGUUUCCACAAUGAACACUCAGGUUUGGAGUGAUGUGGAACUGGAUCCAAUGGACCAUAGCCCAUGUCUGAGAUCCAGCUAUUCCCUUGGAGCACUAAAGAAAAAGGAUCAAAGCCAAGACAAAAGACCACAAUGA